AUAAUCUCCUUCUCCAAAGUUUCUAGGAAUAAAUAUAUAAUGAUACUAAUGAUAGAGGAGUUAUAUACAUGUUCUGCAGUAAGGCAAGGUUUUUUGGCAUCUGGUUUUCCUAGCUAGCUGCAAAUAGAAACAACCCUUUUUUGCAGGAAAUAGAAGAAAAUCAAUGGACAUAUUUGAGACAUUCCCACAAGUUAGCAUGUGGGGUGACAACUUUAAGGUUGAUGGUGGCCUCAUAAAUUCAAUCACUUCUCCAAUGUUGUUGGUGAGCACUAGCACCAUGGCCAUGGAUAACAAGCCUGAAUAUGUUCCACAUGAAUUGAGGGAACAAUCUAGACAAAAUCAAGAGGCUACCAAUAAAGAUGUUAGUAAGGUACUAAGACGGCUAGCUCAGAAUCGAGAGGCUGCUCGGAAGAGCCGACUGCGAAAAAAGGCUUAUGUUCAACAAUUAGAAACAAGCCGUUUGAAGCUCAUGCAAUUGGAGGAGGAGAUUGUUAAAGCUAAAAAGCAGAGUAUGUAUAUUGGAAACAAUCCAUUGGAUGCUAGUUAUAUGGGAUCUUCUGGAUCAUUAAACUCAGGGAUUGUUUUGUUUGAAAUUGAAUAUGGAAAUUGGAUUGAAGAGCAACACAAACUGAAUGAAGAACUCAGAAAGGCAUUCCAAACUCAAGCACCUAAUGAACAACUCAAUCAACUUGUUCAGACUCUGUUGAAUCAUUACUCAAAUCUUUUCAAGAUGAAAUCAGAUGCUGCAAAGGCUGAUAUAUUCUACCUAAUCAGUGGUGUCUGGAAAUCAUCCGCGGAGCGCCUUUUUCUUUGGAUCGGAGGAUCUCGCCCUUCGCAGCUUCUAAGUAUCAUUGUGCCACAGCUUGAACCUUUAACUGAACAACAAACUGCUAGCAUUAGCAGACUCCGGCUAUCGUCGCAACAAGCCGAAGAUGCUCUCUCACAAGGACUGGAUAAACUCCAGCAGAGUCUUGUCCACAACAUUGCAGUUGAUCCAUUGGUAGCAGGAAACUUUGGGUUUCAGAUGGCUGAUUCCAUUGAGAAAAUUGAGGGACUUGAAGGCUUCCUUAACCAGGCAGAUCAUCUUAGGCAACAGACACUGAUACACAUGUCAAGGAUCCUAACAACACAUCAAGCUGCUCAAGGAUUGCUGGCUUUGGGGCAAUACUUGCAAAGACUUCGUUCUCUUAGUUCUCUUUGGGCUUCUCGUCCAUCUCAACCUCUCUAGAUGCUUCUCAUUUCAUUGCAUAGCAAUGACUCAAGUUGUGCAAGUCCUUUUCAUAUCUUUUUAUCUAUCACUGUCCUUGGAUUAAUCUAUAGAGUGACACUGAUAGAUGAAAGAGAACAAUAUCUAUGCGUAUAUCUAUGUAGUGUGUACCAUGAUGCCUACUUAUCUAUUAUCUUGGUCUAGAGAGUUUGCUUGUACAUAUCUUUAAU